CACUCGGGGACCUCACGCAGAGAGGGAUGGAGGGAGAAGAUGGCGGGAGGGAGCGGAGCUUCUCUUAAUUACGGUCUUGCCAUCUUCUUCUCGGCGCUCUCUUUGCUGGUGAUGGUGGUGAGGAGCGGUGAUGGGGAGAUCUGAGCGGAUGGAUGGCGCCGGCGCCGGCGCCUCGCCGUCCAGGAAGGCGCCAGAACUGAAGCGGGAGUUGCUGAGGCUCGUGAGGGCGAUACCGGAGGAUGGCGGCGAGGAGAGGAGGGUGGGGGAGGUGUUCGACCGGAUUGAGCGGACGGUGCGCGCCCUGAGGGGACUGAAGCACAGGAGGACGUUGUCGCAGAAGCUGGACGCCGCGGGCGUUCCGGAGCAGUUCCUCUGCCCGAUCUCCUCCGAGCUCAUGAAGGACCCCGUCAUCUUGGCCACCGGGCAGACGUAUGAUCGGGCUUAUAUUCAAGCCUGGCUAAAUGCAGGGCACAGGACGUGCCCUAGGACACAGCAGGUCUUAUCACAUGUGAUCCUUACUCCAAAUUACUUGGUCAGGAAUAUGAUACAGCAAUGGUGUGAAAGCCAAGGGAUAGAGCUGCCAGCCCCUCAGAAUGGGACAGGUGACAUUUAUCAAGAAGGAAUUACAGAGGGAGAAAGAAUCCACCUUGAUUCAUUACUCGAGAGAAUGGCUUUCCCAUCCAUUGAGCAACAGAAGCAAGCAGCAAAGGAGCUCCGCCUGCUGACUAAGCGCAUGCCCUCAUUUCGAGCACUUCUAGGUGAGACUCCAGAUGCUAUCCCGCUGCUGCUGUCCCUGUUAUCUCGUGCUGAUUCUGAUCAUCAUCCUGAAGUCCAAGAGGAUGUGGUUACCACAAUUCUCAAUCUUUCUAUCCAUGACGAAAACAAGAAGAUUGUUACAGAUACACCUGAAGCCAUUCCUCUGCUCAUAAAAGCUCUGAAGAAAGGAAGCAUGGAGACCAGAAGCAAUUCUGCUGCUACCCUUUUCACAUUAUCAGCACUUGACGCCAAUAAGGUCAAAAUUGGAGAGGCUGGCGCCAUUAGUCCCCUGGUUGAGCUCCUCGAUCAGGGAAGCUCAAUGGCAAAGAAAGAUGCAGCUGCAGCAAUCUUCAACUUGUGCAUAAUGCAUGAUAACAGAGCAAGGGCAGUCAGGGACGGGGCCGUUCGUGUUCUUCUCAAAACGAUCAUGGAUGAAUCAGCGGGGCUUGUGGACGAGUCCUUAGCAAUCCUUGCAAUACUUUCAAGCAACCAGCAGGCACUUGAGGAGAUCGGUAGGAACGGAGGCACACGGUGCAUUUUGGAUAUCAUAAGGGAGAGCACAUCUGGACGUAACAGGGAGAAUGCAGUAGCAGUUCUUCACGCGGUGUGCUGGAAUGACAGGACGAAGUUGAAGGAGGUGAGGGAGGAGGAAGAUGAAAAUGGCAGCCUCACCGUUCUCUCACAGAACGGCACAUCGAGGGCGCGGAGAAAAGCUGCCAGCAUACUCGAGAGACUGAGGAGGGUCGCCAACACAGCAUGAGUUGAUCUGUAAUAAGCUGUGGGAGUUUUGUAAAUAGCAGUUUUUGGCCAGUGGAAAUCGGUCCCAUUUAUGCAUGUAAAGGAAACAAUCAUAUAUAAUCACCCUCCAAUCUCCAUCCGCUUGAAUAUGACGCGCUCCACGUCAAAAAUUCGCAGGUCUUUCUGUUUUUCGAAGUCUUGCUACUGUUGCAGGGCACCAUGAAAGCAUCUUUGUAAUCUAUCUGGUAAGAUCUUGUUCCUUCUUGUUGCUUGGGAUUCUUUUUCCUUUUGGCAAGGUAUAUAUGAGUAUGGUUGCGGAGUUGCUCAAUA